ACAACAAAAUUUUCAUUGUUUUCAAAUGAAUCCCACCAUGAAAUUGCAAACUCAAACCUUCAACAAUGUCCUUCCAUUAGAUUUCAACAAUGUCCCUACACUGCCCGAUUCUCACGUAUGGUCGACGACGCCUUCAGAAUCUCCGUGUCUCCACUCGAUCGACGAAAAACAAGUGCCACCCGUUGUCGAUAUUGGUGAUCCGAGUGCGUUUAGUCUAGUGAGAGAUGCUUGUGAGAAAUGGGGAGUGUUUCAAGCCAUCAACCAUGGGAUUCCUUUGAGUUUGUUCCAAGAAACCGAGUUUGAAGCUCGGCGGCUGUUUUCAUUGCCAACGGAACAGAAGCAGCUUGUUGCUCGGUUGCCGGAAGGUUUUACAGGGUAUGGUUUGGUUCGUAUCUCUCGGAACUUUCCUAAGCUGAUGUGGUCUGAAUGUUUUGGUAUGAUAGGGUCCCCUGUGGAACAUGCUAGCCAACUUUGGCCUCGAGAUCAUGCUAAAUUCUGCGAGGUGAUGGAACAAUUUCAGGUGGAAAUGAAAACAUUGUGCGAGAAACUAGUGGCAAUAAUGCUUCGCUCAUUGGGUUUAACCAAUGAACAAGACACAAAAUGGUUCGAACCUAAAAACGAGUCUGACCAAGCCAAGUGUUUUCUUCAGCUCAACUCAUACCCAGUGUGUCCAGACCCGGACCGAGCCAUGGGGUUAGCCCCUCAUACGGAUUCAUCCCUCUUCACGUUGCUGUACCAGGGUGGUAUCAGUGGGCUGCAAGUUUAUGAUGACGAUGUGGGGUGGGUCGAUGUGCAGCCGGUUGAGGGUGCCUUGGUCGUCAAUGUUGGUGAUUUGAUGCACAUCGUGUCUAAUGGGAGGUUCAAGUCUGUGUUGCACCGUGUGGUGGUGAAUAACAAGCGCCACCGCAUUUCAACGGCGUUCUUUUACUUGCCACCGUGGGAUGCCAAGGUCUCACCGUUAAAGAAGUUGGUUGAGUUUGAUCAUCUUCCAAUGUACCGGCCGGUGAAAUGGGAGGAGUAUGUUGAAACCAAGUCGAAAGAUCUUAGUAAGGCCCUCGAUUCAAUUCGGAUUUGAAUUUAAUAUAAAAAUAGCAAGG